CUGAACUCAGCUCCAGUUGCAGUCCCACUCGCACCUCUCUGUCACACACGCAAUAAUCUUGUGAUAGAGUGGCAGAAGUCUCUCUUAAUGUCUGAUUGUAGUGGCAAUCAACAUUAAUACAACCGCUGAACUUCAUUUGGACUGGAACAUACUACGAAGGCACUCCAUGUUGACACAGCAGGGCCUUAGAAUACACUGUGAGAAUACCCGUAGUACUGCUCUCUGCCUAGCACUGCCAUGGCCAAGGACCAGACAAAUGUGAUAGACCUCCUCCCACUUUUGGAGUCCACAGAUUUACAUGAACUGGAGCAGGUCAGAAGUCUGUUACAGGAGAACCUUAGCACAGAUAAAGGGUAUGUGCUUCUCAAUGGCCUUGUGGAUUAUUAUUUGGACACGAGCUCUCCUCAGGCUGCGGACAUCUUGUCAUCGGUCAGAGAGCCUCAUGACAAGCACCUUUUGGACAAGAUGAAUGAAUGUCUGGCCAAGCCAGGCUGCAGGCUGCCCACACUCACCCUCCUGGGCCACGUCGUUCGCAGACAGCCGCCCUGGAUCCACAGGAUCGCGCGCUUCCCGCUGCUCACAUCGCUGCUCAAAUGCCUCAAGUCCGAGUCAGAUGUUCUGGUUCUCAUAACUGGCGUGCUGGUGUUGAUCGUCCUCCUGCCUGUGAUACCGCAGACUGGCAAACAGCUUCCCUUUGAAUGUUUCGACAUCUUCGGACGACUGGCUGCUUGGAAUCAGAGAAACCCAGGCCAUGCUCAGGGAGUAUAUGCAGUUCAUCUCCAUGCCAGCGUGUACUCACUUUUCCACCGCCUUUACGGCAUGUACCCCUGCAACUUUGUGUCCUACCUGCGGGCACACUACAGUAUGAAGGAGAACGUAGACACUUUUGAGGAGGUGGUUAAGCCAAUGCUGCAACAUGUGCGGAUACAUCCAGAGCUUGUCACUGGAACCAAAGACUGCGAGCUGGAUCCGAUAAGGUGGAAGAGGUUUGAAACCCACGACAUUGUUAUUGAAUGUGCCAAAGUAUCCCUGGACCCGAAGGAGGCGUCUUGUGAGGAGGGAUACUCGUUCCUGCCUGAAUACAUGCCAUGGGGUGCUGUCAACUGUAGCAGGUCCUACUCGGACUUCCGCAGCCCGGGAAGUUCCUCUCUCACAUCAAUGACCACAGUUCAUCAGUCUCUCUCCCUUUACUUACCACAUCUCACAGUCACCCAGGACACAGGUCUCAGCCCACAGACACACAGACUACAGGGUUUUGAGGCAACGCCCUCAGGGAUGAAGGAGGUCACAUGGAGCCCAUCCUCUGUCUGCGGGUUAAGCACCCCUCCCAGCUCCAGAGGAAUGUCCCCCACCACCGUCACCGAUCUCUCACACAGUGCCUCGCACCUCUCGGGACGGGUCCCCAGCACGCCAGUGGAUGGAAAAUCCGCCUCCACACCCUCAGGGUCUUCUCCCCUCCCCUCGCUCACGGAGGAGCUCGAGCACACUGUCCAGCCUACCAGCACUACCCUUCCUCCUGUAAAGGCAAAUCAGGAGCCAAUCAAAGAGCUUAAACAAGACACAUCCACAUGUAUCAUCAGCAAAGGUGGAGCAGGUGAUGCUCUGAGUCCUGUACUGUUGACUGAGCUCCCUGACUUUGUGAAGACAGAGAAGGAGAGAGAGGAAGAGGCCAUCACAGAGGAGUUGCUGACACUAACCCGGGGCGAUCUCAGCCCACUCCCCAUACUCGGACUGGAUUCCUCCUGUGUGGCCCCUGAUGCUCCCUUCCCCUCCAACCCCUGCCAGGACACCCUUCCUCCCAAUAUGGCCUCCACUCCUGACAGAGCUGCGGGCAGCCCUAAAGGCGCAAACCAUCAACCUCACUGGUCCCUCUGGCCUGGGUUCACGCCCAUCGAGAGCUCCCUGAGCCCCAACGCAGCGGAGGACGCCUCAGCCGAGCUGUCGAAGGGCUUCUUUCCAUACGAGCCCCUGUUUGACCUGGCCCUGCCCAAGCUGGCCUCUCUGUUUGUGGGCAGGAGGACAGCAGAGGCCCGGCGGAAGGCCGAGGGCGAGAGGGAGCAGCGAGGAGAGCUGGAAGGUGAAGAUCUGUCCGCCACGUCCCCCCUGGAGGUGCUCGAUCGUCUCAUCCAGCAAGGUCAAGAGCUCCACGAGAAAGUUUCAAAGAGAUCCACAUCUUUGUCAAAUCAAUCAGCUGAGCUACACUCUGGAGGUAAACGUCAAUGCAAUAAAGGAAAAGGCGUGGGCCCCGGGGCACUGGACGAGCAGGAGCUCCUGCGCAGUCAGCUCCUGCUGCUGCACGGACAGCUGCUCUACGAGAGGCACAAGCGGGAGCAGCACGCCGUGCGCAACCGCCGUCUGCUCCGCCGUGUCAUCAAUGCUACGGCGCUCGAGGAGCAGAACACCUCCAUGAAAGCCCAGCUCCGCCUGCAGGAGAUGGAAAAUCAGGCUCUGCGCGUGAGCCUGCAGGAGGAGCAGCAGCGCUCCAAGCAAGUGCAGCAGGAUGCCGACGCCCGCGUGCAGAAACUCCACGACCAGCUGCAUCACCUCCAGCAGGAGAGGAACGACUACUACACCCAGACUCAGGAGCUACAGCGGGACUUGCAGGAGAGCCAGAAGAACAUGGGCAAGUUGGAGGCGAAGCUGCAGAGAGCCAAUAACAAAGUGUGCAAUGCAGGACACCUGCUCAGCCAGCUGUCCAUCAAGCUCGAGAACACUGAAUGCAUGGAGCAGCAGGUGUCCUUCUUGAACAAACAGCUGUUACUGCUAGGGGAGGCCAACAGAAUGUGUGUGCAGGAGGUCCAGCAGCUAGGACCUGAGGCACACAAGGAGCUGAAGAUGCUCCAGGCAUGUUCUGCUCGAGAGUGUGAGCGGUUCAGGCAGAGCUCUGUUCAGCAGAGCCAGAAGCUGGAGGCAGCUCAGCAGCGCAUCAUCGAACUGGAGGCACAGCUCGCCAAGAAAGAGCACCUCAUCCUGGAGCAGAAGAAACUGCUGGAAAACGUCAAAAGCCAGGCCAAGGGGGAGUUGCAGGCUUCAGAGAACAGGUAUCUGGCUCAGAAGCACAUGACUCAGGCGCUGCAGUCAGAACUGCUCCAGAUGUAUAGCCAGCUAGAGAUCAACAAUAUAUCUAACACUACACCAGCAGGCAGUGCUGAGCACACCGGCUCCCCUAACCAGAGGUCCAAUGGCAACAAUCCAGGGCCAGCCCAAGCUCCUGAGCCAGGCACAAGAGAGCAGAGUUUGUACAUGUGUGUCAACGGCGACCUUUGGUCUGGCUCUCUACCUCCCACUGCAUUGAUCAAUGGCAGUCAGGAAGAAGACCUGUCUGUCCUUUCCCGCAACUCCUCACUGGCUGUCGACUCCUACCCCAGUGCCCGCAGCUUCCUGGGAAUGCACAACCAAGAGCUUGUGAAAAAGCGGAAGAGCCAGUGUGAGGAGGAGCUGGCACCACUGGGCUGCCCCUACCGAGGCCUGCAGGACCAGAGCUCAGAGCCUGCAGAAAACCCCCCGCCCAGGCUGGGCAGGGAGGGCCCAGCGACCCAGGCCACCGAGCCCGCUGAGCGGCCUGAGCCCCGGACCGCGGAUCGGCACAGGGCCCGGGCUUACAACAUCCACCGGCGGAGGCAGCAGGACCUGCGGAUCAUGGACUACAAUGAGGCCCUCCAGGAGCAGACUUAGGGAACCUUGGAAGGUUGAGUUAGUAGGACUCGUGCUGUAGACCUGCUUGUAACACUAGACAGGGUGAGGAAGAGACCUUUUGAAAUCUGCAGCUCCUUUUAACAAAAGGGUGGACUGCAUUGUUUUAGUUCAUUUUAAAAGCUCUAUUCUAUUAUGAAAAUGGCCAAAUGAGACAUGUAUAUACUGAGGGCUUUAAAGCUACUGUCACUAUGUUUUAGGAGGAGAUUCUGUUUUGACCUGUAGUACCGCUGGGCUGCCCCUACCGCAGCCUGCAGGACCUACAGAA